AUGGUCGUCCAAGCUACCAACACGGGUGGUGACUUGUCCGGAAAUCAGUUCGACAUCAGCAUGCCUGGUGGAGGAGUCGGAAUCUUCAAUGGAUGUACGCAGGAGUGGAGCGCUCCAUCUUCAGGAUGGGGUGCACAAUAUGGUGGUAUCUCUGCAGCAUCGUCGUGUGCAGGCUUUCCUGCCGCCCUCCAAGCUGGUUGCAACUGGCGCUUUGAGUGGUUCAAGGGCGCUGACAACCCAACCGUCUCCUUCAAGCAGGUUGCCUGUCCUGCUGCCAUUACAGCAAAGAGUGGCUGCACCCGAGCAGACGACUCGUCUGCUCCCAAGGCUGCCACCGGAAGUGGCAACGCUGUUGAGGCUUCAUCUUCCCCUGUCGCUCAAGCAACUCCAGUUGCUACUUCAACUGCUACCCCAGAAGCUGCUGAGAGCUCUUCCCCAGCUCUUUCAAGCGUUGCUCCCAUUAUUAAUAGCCCUGCUCCUACAACCGCAACUGAGUCCACCACUUCAUCAGCUCUAGAAGUCGAGACACCAUCCGCUGAAUCCACAAGUGUACCAAUUAUUGUUAGCCCGAUGACCUCAAUUGCUGCCUCUGCAAGCCCCGACAUUACAUACUCGAGAACAAGCAGCGUUGCGAGCGUGAGCCCGACCGCAGCCCCGGUGGAUGAUGAAGAUGAUGCUUGUGAAUUAUAG